UUUCUUGGGCCAGCAACCAUUACUAGCCAUUUCAGAUCUUUAUGCAAUAUAUUACACACAACCUUGCUGCACCAGAUUGCCCUCGCGGCCAAUACUCGCAACACCUGCGCUUGCUCGCGGUUCCGGCCCGCGGCAAGCCGCGACGCCUGCUUGCCGCGACCGGCAUUCAACACCGGCGUUGAUGGAGGCGGAAUGCAGCGGGUUUCGGCGGUCGGAGUCGCUCGGGGCGUGCGCGUCAGCGCCCUCGUUGCUGGACCUGCCCCCCGACCUCUUGGAGCGCCUGGUGAUUGGCCAUGUGCCCGACUGCUCGGCGCCGCAGCUUCGCGCCACCUGCUCCGCCCUCAAGCGCCUCGUGGACCGCCGCGUGAGGCGUGUGGUGCUGUGCGCCCCGCCGCCGCCGCCACCGCUGCCAGGCCACGGUGUCUUCUUGGGUGUCUUGCGGAAUGCGGCAGCAGCGGCAGCGGCAGCAGCACCCGCGCUUCAUGAGGCGCCAGAUGCAGCCGCGGCACCUGCGCCAUUAGGAACCAGAAGGACUGAUCCGCCGCCGCCUCUUUUGCCGCCUCUUCUGCCCCCUUUUCUGCCGCCACCGCCGCAGCACCCGCAGCUGCAGAUCCGCACGGGGCCUUGGGGUGAGGCAACAGAGCUCAUCCUGCAGCUGCCGUACAGCCGCCACCCGGGCCUCCCCGCCGACCCCGCCGCCGCCGCCGCCGCCGCCGCCACAACCGGCCCCGGCGGAGCAGCUGACGGCGCAGCUGCAGCUACAGCCGGCACAUGCGUCACAGGCGUCACAGGCGGUGGUGGUGGUGGUGGUGGUGGUGGUGGUGGUGGUGGUGGUGGUGGCCCGUGUGUGUACGAGCUGUCGGCGCUGCUGCCGCCGCCGGCGCUGGCAGAGCUGCGGCGGCAGCUGCCCGGGCUGCGCGGGCUGGCGCUGCGGGGGGUGCACCUGCCGCCGCUGCGCCGCCCGCCGCCGCCGCUGCCUCAUCAGAUGCAGCAGCAGCCGGGGCACCCACAAGCUGCCGACCAGGCAGUAGCUGGGUCGCCCACCAGCACUAGUAGUUGUGCUGACGCGGCCGAGUACGACUACGACUUUCGCGGCCUCAGCGCCAUCUCAAUCGAGGGUCUGCUGCCUCAGGCCGGCUGCUGCGACGACGACCAGCUGUGGCUGCGGGCGCUGUUGGCAGGGGCGCCGCGAGCCGCAGCACCCGAGGACGACCUCAUCGAGUCCUGGCAUGGCCCACUGCCCGAGCUGGUGCUGGACCACCCAGCAGUGGCGGGAGGGGCGGCGGCGGCGGCGGCGGGAGGGGCGGGUGCGGCGGCGGCGGCGGCGGGGCCGGCGGAGGUGUGGGUGGCGAGCUUUGCGGCGGCGGCGGCGCGUGUGGGGCGCGGCCGCGGGCUGAAUGUGUUCCCGGGGCGCCUGGCGGCGCCGCUGCUGCGCGUUGCAGGUGGCGGCGGCGCAGGGAGCGAGCAGGGCGAGGGUGAGGACGAGCGGCGGCACGCCACCGCCCCCAGCGGCAGCGGCAGCGGCAGCGGCGGCUGGUGCGGCCUUGCGGCGCUGCACCUGUUCGGUCUGACGUUUGUGGAGCCGUCGCGGGACUUCCUGGCCGCGUUCAGCUCACUGAGGGAGCUGCGAAUCUCCUGCUGCAACAACUUCACCCGGUCCGGCCUGUCCUGCAUCACCACACUCACACGCCUCACGCACCUGACAUUCGAGGACGUGUUCUACAAGGAGGGCAUCCCGCACGAGCUGUCGGGUCUGUCGGCUCUGACCCGGCUGGCCGAGGCCAACUUCCUGCGGUCCGACUUCUACGGCGACGAGGUGGCGGCCUGGGGCGGCGGCUGGGGCCACUGCCUCAGGAGGCUGCGGCUCAGCUCCACGUGGCAGAUGACGCUGGACGCCGCGCUGCUGCUGCUGCCGCGCCUGAGCCGCCUCACAGCCCUGGACCUGCCCGACACCAACCUGCUGGCACCCACCUGGGCGGCGCUGGCGGCGGCGGCGCCCGGGCUGGCGGAGGCGAGGUUCGGCUGGCUGCACUUGCCGGACACGCCGGCGGGGGAGGAGGAGGAUGAGGAUGUGCCGGAGCUGUUGCCUGACGGGGAUGAGGAGGGGGUCGGGAUGGCGGGGCUGGCGGCCCUGGGGCAGAUGGGGGGCGCGUUCCACGUAGUACUCCUGGAGGAGGUGCCGGGGCUGGCGGGGGCGGCGGCCCUGGGGCAGCUGUGGGGGGUGGGGGGCGGGGCGGCGGAGCAGGGGGCUGGGGAGGUGGCGAUGGGCGAUGGUGCGGAGGUGGCGGCGGCGGCGGCAGGCGUGGAGCCGGAGGCGGAGGAGGUGCAGCAGGGGCCGCAGGAGGUGGCGGCGGCAGGGGGUGGAGGCCAGCAGGAGCAGGGCAUGGAGUGGGAGGCGGCGGUCGGGGCCGACCCCGCAGGUGCGGGCGGAGGAGCGGAGGCCGGAGCCGCUGGGCUGGAGGCGGCGGCAGCUGCGGCCGGGCUUCAGCACCAGUGGCAGCCAGCAGUGGCUGCAGCAAUGCUGCACCCGCCGCAGCACCUGCAGCCCUUGCAACAUCAGCAGCACCUGCAGCAACCAGCUGCUGCCGCAGCAGCACCAGCACCAGCGGCAGCGGCAGCACCAGCACCAGCAGCACCAGCAGCACCAGCACCAGCACCAGCAGCAGCACCAGCACCAGCAGCAGCGGCAGCAGCAGCGGCAGCAGCAGCGGCAGCACCAGCACCAGCAGCAGCGGCGGCGGCAGCGGCGGCGGCAGGCCACGGCGCAGGCACGGCGGCGCAGGCUGCUGCUGCUGCGGUGCGGGGCCGUCGCGGCGGGCUGCUGCCGCCGCUGCCCUCCCUGCGUGUGUUGCGGCUGGACGCGCCAAUGCGCGGCGACGUGUGUGACUGGCCGCUGUGGGAGCUGCUGCCCAACUUGGAGGAGCUGCGUGUGUGUGAGGACCUGGUGGCGGUGGGCACACAGGCGCGGCGGGACCCGCGGGUGUGGGAACGACUGGCCGCGUGGCCCGCAACCGCCCUGUGGAACCCGCCGCCGCCGCCGCCGCCGCAAUCGCAGCCGCAGACACAGCCGCCCGCGGAGCCCCCUGCACCGCAGUGCGCAGAUGAUGUCGCGGGCGCGGUCGGCGUGCGUCUGGGUGCGGGCAUAAGCGCAUGCGCCAGCCCAGCUGACCAACAGUUGGAGGCGGAGGUGGGGCCUGACCACGCGGGCGUGUGGGCGCGGCUGCGGCGCGUGUCGGCGCCCGCGUCCUGGCUGCCGCACCUGCCCGCCUGCUGCCUCGAGCCGCGGCUGCAACAGCUGCGCCUGCUGCCGCUGCCGCCGCAGGCGCAGCCGCAGGCGCCGUUGCUGGCGCGGAUGACCCCUUUUCCUGCUGCUGUGGGUGCACAAGGGUUGGGGCAGCAGCAGCAGCAGCAGCAGCGGCAGCAGGCGCCGCAUGAGGUGCCGCAUGAGGUGCCGCCGGGGCUGCGCGAGUUGCGCGAGGUGCGGGGGUUGCGGCUGUUGCGGCUGCGCGAGCUGGAGGUGCCUACUGACGUGGCGGCGCUGCAGCUGGCGGGCGCACUGAUGGCAGCCGGCGGCGGCAGUAGCAGCAGUAGCAGUAGCAGCAGUAGCAGUAGCAGUAGCAGUAGCAGCGCAGGUGGUGAAAGUGCCUCAGGCGUAGCCAGUGGAUGUGGAGGCAGUGGAGGCGGCGGCGCGGUGCGGCGGCUGGUGAUCAGCCAGACGUACGGUGCCGCACUGCUGCAGCUGGCCGUGGCGACGGCGGUGGAUGAUGGGGUGUGCCCUGCGGGUGGCGCUGCGGGUGCUGACGCCGGUGCUGCGGGCGUUGGCCACGCGGCCGCCUCGGGGGCUGCUUGCUCCUCACCCACCUACCCGCCGCCGCCGCCGCCGCCACCGCGGGUGUUCCCGGCCCUGGAGGAGGUGGUCCUGGCGGGGGUUCUGCAGCUCGUGCAGCCAACACACACGGCCGGCGGGGCACAGGAGGGCCGGGGCUGUGCAGCACUUGCCGGAGUGGCGGCGACCGGCAGCGCUCCCACCACCGGUGCUGGCGGCCAGGCGGGUGGCGGUGCUACCGGCGGUUCUGGUGGUGUCGGUGAUGGUGGUGCUGGAGCCGGGGGUGGUGCCGGGGAGGAGCUGGCAAGGGCCGCGGCCGAGCAGGCGCCGCGCUUGCGUCAGUGCCAACGUCAGUGUGAGUAUCAGUGGCGGGCCUACUACUGCCAGCUGUUCACGGCACUGGCGGCACGCGGUGUGAGGCGGGUGCUGCUGCGGCCCAGUGGCUGCUGCACACCCGACCUCUGCGCCGUCGGCAGCAGCGGGUGCUGCGGCAGGCGCGGUGGCGGAGGCGGCGGAGCCGGUGGCAGCGGGGAAGGCGGCAGCGGGGAAGGCGGCAGCGGGGGCGGCGGCGCUGCGGGCGGCAGCGGCCCCGGGGGUGACACCUGUGACGCCGCCGGUAUCGAGGCGGCGGUUCCGGACGGGGCACAGGUGGUGGCGUGGUGGCGGGAGUGGCUGGCGGGAGCGGCGCCGCCAGCGGUGGCCGAGGCUGGUGUUAAGGAGUCGGCGCCGGGGUCAGCAGGGUGUGAGAUGCUACGGCCGAGGGAAUGGGAGGCGCUGCAGGGGUUACAGGUGGAGGCGCUGCCCCGGCAGUCUCGGAUGGACCUGCGUCGGGGGCUUGGAGAGGCGCCCGCGAGAAUGCACGCGCGCCGGGACGUGCGAGGUUAUUGGUAGCUUCGAGAGCACACUCUGAAUGUCCAGAGCUGUUGCUGAGGCGAGGGGCUGUGUGCGGGCUAGCAAGGGGGUCACAUGGUGGUGGCACGACAUGACCGAGUGACCGUUCCCAUCCUGAACACUUAACCCUGUGUAAUGGUAUACCAGG